GAUUGACGAUGGGCCUGCAAGGAGCAGUCGAUGAGGUUGCGGCGGCGCUGGCCGCAGCCCCGCGCUGGACGCUGUAGCAUCGUUCGCUUCUGCGGUCCACGAGCUGCCACACAACGCGCCAAGCGAUCCGACUACGACAGCUAUGCGAGCGCUUCUGGCCGAGAUCGCCGACGAUCCCGUGGGAGCUACGGACGCGAUAGCGAAGGCCCAUCUUCCCCCACCGCUUGUGGCUGCGAUCUUACGCCAUACAACAGAGCUGCAAGCCAAGACGCCUGGUGCGGCCAUUCCGCACCUGCACCGACUGGACUGGCGAGUCGAUAUUACCGUUGCAACAAGCUCGAUUGCGCCCGUUUGGCAGCCGACAGUGGUGCUCCGCUUCCGAAUGACUGACGGUAAGAUCCGCGUCACGGAGCUACCGCUGCAGCAAUUCCAUGAGCUGCGCUACAACACGGCCAAGAUCCUCCAAGAGAUGAAUCAGCUCGAGCGCCACCCGAUCAUGCGACUGACGCAGAACGGCCAAACGAGCAUGUGAUCCGCCGCUCCAGGCCGAAGCUGCACAAGAUAUCAUAACCAGAUGAGAUGAAGCAUCGACUGUGUUGCGGCGGGUG